GCUAGUGCCUUGAUGGCCGAGACAACGGACGAACGCAUUAGGUUCUCAUGGAUGUCAAUUGUCUAGUCUCAUCGUCACCUCUCGCAACAGGGUGACGACGGCAUUCACUCCUUAACAUCAUCUUCAUCGUCCUCAGACAAUCUCUCUGUGCAUGGAAGACACCAGACCAAAGACAAAUAUGCGACAAGGGCAAACCCCGUCUCUGCCCACCAUGACUCUCUACAGCCAGAUCUGGGCCUUGACAGAGAAGACGCUCAGAAUCAUCAUCCUUCGACAUACCGUCUCGACGAUUUACAGCGCUCUCGUUCUUCCCAUCGUCCUCACUGUCUAUCUAGGCAUUGGCCAAAAGUUUACUCAGCCCAACGACAAGUUUGGCAUUGCUUCUCCGUCCAACAUCUUUUCUCUUGAUAAUGCUCUCUCCAAAUCUGACGGUGGCCGAAACACGGUCGUCUUUGUCAAUAGUGGCCACAAUGGUGGUGACAUAGGGCAUGUCAUCGACACUGUUUCUGAUAUUGUCAAGGGAGCCGGCAAGAAUGCGACGAUCAUACAAGACGAAGACGACUUGGGAUAUACCUGCCGGAGCACUAUCCGUGGCACAUCUAACUGUUUCGGCGCCGUGGUGUUUUAUUCUUCCCCUGAUGAGGGCAGCGAUGGCUUCUGGAACUACACUCUGCGUGCAGAUGCUGGUCUUGGAAAUAGUUUCCAGACGGACAAGGGCGACAACGAUGCCCAGAUUUAUGCACUGCCUCUCCAACAUGCUGUUGAUGCUGCCAUUGCCGGCCUCAAGUCUGGCUCUUCUUUUCCUUCAACAACACAGCAAUACGCUUAUACCGAGUUGACUGAGGAUGAGCGCCAGGCUGAUGUCCGGCGUAAAUACCAAAAAUCUUUUAUCAACUAUCUAAGCGUUGCUUACAUUACCGGUAUGAUUGGUGUCUGCUAUCAUAUGCCCGGCUACAUCGCUAUCGAGAGGGAAAGAGGCCUAUCUCAGCUUAUUGACGCCAUGAUGCCCACUAGCCAAGGGUGGCACCGUCAAUUCGCCAGGCUCAUCUCCCACCACCACGCCUUCACCAUGACAUAUAUGCCAGGCUGGAUCAUUGCAUCUAUCGUUGCUAGAGUCACCAUCUGGACAAACACUAGCUUUGGCAUCCUCAUCAUCUUCUUCAUUCUCAGCGGUAUUGCUAUGACAUCCAUGUCCCUCCUUGGGGCGUCAUUCUUCAAAAAAGCUCAACUCUCGAGCAUAGUGACCUCUGUCAUUUGGAUUGUGCUGGGUAUAAUUGCUCAGGUGAUUCCGCAUCCCAAUACCGCGACAGUCGCCGUCCUCAGUUUACUCUUCACUCCGUGCAACUUUAUCUAUUUCAUCAUCUACAUUGCUCGAUUUGAGCAGUACGGACAAGCAACGAAUCUCAUACACCUACCGCCAGGCCACACUUCAAAUCUUCCUGGCAUCGUUCAUUGGGUCUUUCUCAUUGUCCAGAUGGCUGUGUAUCCAUUUGCCGCCGCCUUUGUAGAGCAGGCCAUACACGGUGUGAGCACGGGAACUCGGUCGUCAACCGCCCUCGAAAACCCUGCCGGCGGCGUUCAAGAUGCGGUUCGUAUCGACAAUAUGACCAAGAUUUUCAAACCAAGUCCUAUUCGUAAAUUCUUCUCCUUUGUCUCGCCACUAAGGCCCGAGGUGGUUGCUGUGGAUAACUUGACUUUGACGGCGAAGAAGGGCGAGAUUUUGGCAUUAUUGGGUGCAAAUGGCAGCGGUAAAAGUACCACUCUUGACGCCAUUGCCGGUAUUAGCAAUUUCACCAGUGGCAAUAUGUCUGUCGAUACAUCAGGCGGUCUUGGAUUCGCCCCCCAGCAGAACGUCCUCUGGGAUGAUCUGACCGUCGAGGAACACAUCCGACUAUUUAGUCGUAUAAAAAAUCCUCACAACAAGACGCCUGACAAUGAGAUUGCAGAUUUGAUCGACGCUAUUGGACUUCGUUCAAAGGCCAAAGCUUGGUCAAAAACUCUAUCGGGUGGCCAAAAGAGAAAGCUUCAGCUUGGGAUGAUGUUGGUUGGUGGAAGCUCCGUCUGCUGUGUUGAUGAAGUCUCUUCUGGUAUCGAUCCCCUGUCGCGCAGAAAAAUAUGGGACAUUCUCCUGAAAGAGCGCGGUUCCCGGACAAUCAUCAUGACUACCCAUUUCCUCGAUGAAGCAGACUUGCUUGCCGACAACAUUGCCAUCCUAUCCAAGGGAACAUUAAGAGCUGAAGGCUCCUCUGCGCAGCUCAAAGACACUUUUGGUGCUGGCUACCGUAUCCACGCACUCAACCCAAGGACCUUGAACGCAGUACCUGAUAUCGACGGUGUCACAAAGAAAGUUACCACAAACAACGUUACUUACCUAUCGUCAUCGUCUGAUCAGGCCGCCAAGGUCAUCCGAGCUCUAGAAGCUGCCGGUAUCCCAUACAGAUCCUCUGGCCCGACCAUUGAAGAUGUCUUUCUCCACUUGGCUGAGGAAGUUCAUGGCGAAGGGCUCCAGCGACAACCCGAUGUUAUUAACGAAAAGGUUGCCAAAAUUGCUAGCGAUACACCCAUCGCUAGCGAAAAUCUGGCAUUGCUCACGGGGCGACAGAUUGGCAUGUUUCAGCAGACGGGCGUGCUUUUAAGAAAGCGAUUUACAGUUUUCAAGACAAAUUGGCUCCCUUAUGCGGCUGCUUUUCUGAUCCCCAUCAUCGCCGCUUCAGUCAUCCAGAUUCUUGUUCGCAAUGACGACUUAGUUGGGUGCUCACCCACGCAACGAAGUAGUCACUCUUCAAAUGAUGAUUUCUUCAAGCUAUUGGAUACAGCUCAUCUUGCUGGCGGCCCGUCUUCUCAAUUUGGCAAUUCCAUAGAUGAUUUGUUUAAACCAAUUCUACCAGGCUCUGCAAACCUUCGAAGCCGAGACAGUUCUACCACUGUUGGAAAUGUCACCGUCGAUCUGGUGGAUUCCCUCUCAUCCCUUGAAGACUAUGUGGAACAUAACAGGAGGAUUGUCACUCCUGCGGGCCUGUGGCUUGGCGACUCGAAUUCAGCACCGACAUUAGCCUUCAAGGUCGACAACUUUUCCAUGUACUCCGCGGUCAUAGGUCAGAGCUUUCUCAAUACAAUACUCGCCAACACUACCAUUGCAACGGAAUACAAAGCGUUUGACUAUCCUGUCGCUCCUUCAACUGGCAGAGGGCUCCAGCUUGUGGUAUAUUUCGCUGUGGCUUUCUCAAUUUUCCCUGGUCUCUUUGGCCUCUAUCCCAAUUCAGAGAGGCUUAAGAACGUUCGCAGUCUGCAAUACUCUAGUGGCGUUCGUACUCUACCGGUUUGGGCUGCACAUGUCAUCUUCGACUUUGGCAUCAUUAUUGUGCCCAUGAUGUUGACUGCCAUGAUAUUUGUCGUAUCUUCGAAUUCAUGGUACAAUGGAGGAUAUCUAUUCCCAGUUUUCAUCUUUUAUGGGCUUACAACAAUCAUCAUUUCCUAUCUCUUUUCACUCAUUUGCGACACUGCAAUGGCAACUUACGCCAUGACCUCUGUCGUCCAAUCACUUGGAUUUGCCGUCUACAUAAUCACAUACCUGUUUAUUCUUACCUAUUCCCCGGCCUCAAACACCGAUCGAGACGUUCUCAUCGCGCAUUGGGUCAUUGCCGCUGUUUUCCCCACGGGUUCAUUGAUUCGCACGUUGAUGGUUGGCCAAAACAUCUUUUCGACUACUUGCGAUAACGACCAGCUUCGAGCCAAUCCUGCAGCAAUGACUGCUUAUGGUGGUCCUCUGCUAUAUCUUAUCCUGCAAGCCAUCUUCUGGUUCUCUAUAGUCGUCUGGAUUGAAAGUGGUGCUGGUCGAUAUGCCCCUGAAAAGGCCAAGAAGUCUCCCGAGGUUGACGAUCCAGAAGUUGCAGACGAGCUACUCCGUGUCGAUGGCCAAGACGGCCAAUCUGAUGGUCUUCGAAUUGCACAUCUUACCAAGGCUUUUGGUAAGAAUACUGCCGUCGAUAAUGUCACCUUUGGAGUCGAACACGGCGAAGUAUUUGCUCUCCUUGGUCCCAAUGGCGCAGGUAAAUCCACCACAAUCUCACUUAUACGAGGCGACAUUGCACCGAGCCGUAACGGCGGAGAUGUAUUUAUCGAAAACGUCUCUAUCACCAAACGCCGUGCUGCUGCCAGAGCAAAUCUCGGUGUGUGCCCCCAGUUCGACGCCAUCGACAACAUGACCGUCAGCGAGCAUCUCCGCCACUACUCCCGCCUUCGAGGUAUCUCUGAUAUCGACCACCAAGUUCCAGCCGUCAUCCGCGCCGUCGGACUAGAAGCCUAUGCAGACGUCAUGGCACAUACCCUCUCAGGGGGCAACAAGCGCAAACUCUCCCUCGGCAUCGCCCUCACAGGAAACCCGCCAGUGAUCCUCCUCGACGAACCAUCUUCCGGUCUCGACGCAGCAGCCAAACGCAUCAUGUGGCGCACUCUCGAAGCCAUCGUCCCAGGCCGCUCCAUCCUUCUCACUACGCACAGCAUGGAAGAGGCCGACGCGCUGGCCAACCGCGCCGGCAUCAUGGCUCGCCGCAUGCUUGCCCUCGGGACGACGGAAAAGCUUCGUCACCGCUUCGGAGAUACGCUGCACGUCCACCUCGUUAGUAAGACUGCGCCUCACUCUUCGGAGGAGGAGAUGGAUAACCUUCGUGCUUGGGUGCUGAAUAACUUCCCCGGAGCGUCCGUGGAGCAGGAGACGUACCAUGGACAGAUGCGCUUCUCGAUGCCUUCGUCCGCGGUGCCGGCGCAGAGUGGAGUGGCGAGUAGUAGUGAGAGUGCUAGGGGGAGACUGCUUAUCAUGUUAGAGGAGCAGAAGCAGUAUCUGGGUAUCGCACACCAUAGUGUUAGUCCGACAACGCUGAACGAAGUGUUCUUGAAUAUCGUUGGGAAGCACGAUGUUCAAGAAGAAGGGUAUAACAACAGAACAGACGAAGUUGCCAAAAAGCCCUGGUGGAAAUCAAAGUACAUUUGGGGGUUUGAGCGUUCUUAAUAAUUCCUUUGUUUUACUCCGAUUUGAUUCCCCCUUGAAGUUGUGCAAUUGAGCGGUGUAUUUUAUAUAUAUAGAAUUUGAAAUAGACAUGGAUAUCAUUUGUUUAGAUUACAUACAUUAGGCUAGCUCGUUGAUUAUUUACGUAUACUCAUCCAUCUCGAUCCUCCUUUUUAAUGGGUGCCCAUCUCGUAGACUGGUCCUCCGCCGUGCAACUCUUGCGGUAAAUGCGUAUCACCAGGCACUUCUGGUGGCUGUACAUGUGCUUCAUGAUAUGUCUGCCCCAUUGGAUGCGGAGGAUAUGCAUAUGCGGCA